AUGGACGGUUUUGCUGUUGAGGUACCCGUCUCGUCUCCUAUGCGUGCCUGUUCCUCAUCAUCGGAGAAGAGGAUAAAAUGCUUUUACUUGAUUUAUCAGGAUUACAAUGCCUCCUUUACGUGUUUUGCUUUGGACAAGGAAAAUGGGGAAACGCGUGAUUUCACCAUCUCACCGGCUCCCGGCAUGACAAACCCCCUCCCGCUUUAUUUGCUCUCUGCAGUUGUGGCUUUAGGAUCCACCGUCUACAUCAUCGGUGGUAUGUGCUAUCCUGAGUUCUGCCCUGAAGUGACACGUCACCACCACAACAUGCAUGCUGCGGUCAGGUUCUUUGACGUCCUUCGCCCGGAGGAGGGGUGGCGGGAGGCUGCCCCCAUGCACUUCCCCAGGGUCAUGCCAGCGGCUGCCGCCAUCGAUGGGAAGAUUUACGUGUUGGGGGGUUCGAAUAUAGAUUCCCCUGAUGAAGGUGAAUGCUUUGACCCGAAAACCAACCGUUGGGACCGCUUACCAGCUGCCGGCUACAAGGUUGGUUUUCCCUACAUAGUCUCCCCGUACGUGGGUCGAGAUGUUGGAAAGAGCAUUCUCGUGCAUUCCGGCUGGGAUGACGGGGCCCUUCAUGCCUAUGUUUUAGCUACACGCAAAUGGGAAUUUAUUAGUCGCGAUUUUUCCGAGUGCGACACGCCAGCUGCAGCUGCAGUUGUUGGUGAUAUCAUGUACACGCUACUCAAUGGCCGUGAUAAAAAACGGAGGCCUUUGCACGGUUAUCACUUAAUUCACAAGAAAUGGAUCCCUGUCGACUUUGAUCCCAAUCCCGAGAAAGAGAUUGAUACAGAAUAUGCGUGGGUUUUUGCUUCUGGUAGUGACAAGUUGUAUCUGUUGUGGUACCAUUAUGACCCCAAGGACAGGGGUAUACAUAACAGGAUAGAGUGCUUGGAACUUAGACUGCACAACUCAUCCUCAUAUAGUAGUGACCCUGGAUCAGAGACGGAGCAUCUUAUUAGGGUCAGCAUGGUGUCCCGUACCUAUUUCAGUUUGGAACCUAAGGUCUCCCAUGGAAACCUUAUUGCAACUUAG